GCGCGGGGCUCCGGCGGGCGCUGCGCUGCCCCCCCCCGCCCCGCCGGGCUGGAUAUGUGGAUGCUCACGUGAAGAUGGAUGUAGCGAUCGGGCUGCUGGGGCUGCUGACGGUUCUGCUGGAGGGCAGCUCCGGCCAAGGGGUGUACGCCCCCCCCACGGUGCGGAUCGUGCACUCGGGCCUGGCCUGCAACAUCGAGGAGGAGCGCUACUCGGAGCGCGUCUACACCAUCCGCGAGGGAGAGACCCUGGAGCUCACCUGCCUGGUCACCGGCCACCCCCGGCCACAGAUCAGGUGGACCAAAACAGCAGGAAGUGCCUCUGACAGAUUCCAAGAUUCCAGUGUCUUCAACGAAACCCUGAGGAUUUCCAACAUCCAGAGACACCAGGGAGGCCGCUACUACUGCAAGGCUGAGAACGGCCUGGGCUCCCCGGCCAUCAAAUCCAUCCGAGUGGACGUGUACUAUUUGGAUGAUCCCAUAGUCACGGUCCACCAGAGCAUCGGGGAAGCCAAGGAGCAGUUUUAUUAUGAGAAGACCGUGUUCCUCAGGUGCGUGGCCAACUCCAACCCGCCCGUGCGCUACAGCUGGCGCCGCGGCCAGGAGGUGCUGCUGCAGGGCUCCGACAAGGGAGUGGAGAUCUACGAGCCCUUCUUUACCCAGGGAGAAACCAAGAUCCUGAAGCUGAAGAAUCUACGACCUCAGGACUAUGCCAACUACAGCUGCAUCGCCUCGGUGCGGAAUGUCUGCAGCAUCCCGGAUAAAAUGGUGUCCUUCCGCCUCUCCAACAAAACUGCAUCCCCUUCCAUCAAGCUCCUCGUGGACGACCCCAUCGUGGUGAACCCUGGAGAAGCCAUCACCUUGGUGUGUGUGACCACCGGCGGGGAGCCGGCGCCCAGCCUGACCUGGGUGAGGUCUGUGGGGGUUCUUCCCAACAAGACUGUCCUGAACGGGGGCACCCUGACCAUUCCCGCCAUCACCUCUGAUGAUUCCGGCACCUACAGCUGCAUCGCCAACAACAACGUCGGCAAUCCCGCAAAGAAGUCCACCAACAUCAUCGUGAGAGCCUUAAAAAAAGGACGCUUUUGGAUCACCCCCGACCCGUACCACAAGGACGACAACAUCCAGAUCGGGCGGGAGGUGAAGAUCUCAUGCCAGGUGGAAGCCAUCCCCUCGGAGGAGCUCACCUUCAGCUGGUUCAAGAACGGGCGGCCCCUGCGCAGCUCGGAGAGGAUGGUGAUCACCCAGACCGACCCCGACGUGUCCCCAGGCACCACCAACCUGGACAUCAUCGACCUCAAGUUCACGGAUUUCGGGACCUACACCUGCGUGGCGUCCCUCAAGGGAGGCGGCAUCUCGGACAUCAGCAUCGACGUCAACAUCUCCAGCAGCACGGUGCCCCCCAACCUGACGGUCCCUCAGGAGAAGUCCCCGCUGGUGACGCGGGAAGGGGACACCAUCGAGCUGCAGUGCCAGGUGACAGGGAAGCCCAAACCCAUCAUCCUGUGGUCACGGGCUGACAAGGAGGUGGCCAUGCCCGACGGGGCCCUGCAGACCGAGAGCUACGACGGGAUCCUGCGGAUCGUCAACGUUUCCCGGGAAAUGAGCGGGACCUACCGGUGCCAGACCAGCCAGUACAACGGGUUUAACGUCAAGCCCAGAGAGGCCUUGGUGCAGCUCAUCGUGCAGUACCCCCCGGCGGUGGAGCCGGCGUUCCUGGAGCUGCGGCAGGGCCAGGGCCGCGCGGUCACCAUGAGCUGCCGCGUGCUGCGCGCCUACCCCACGCGGGUGCUGAGCUACGAGUGGCGCCUGGGCGGGCGCCUGCUGCGCUCGGGGCACUUCGACCUGCAGGACUCCACCGAGUUCACCGUCAGCAGCCUCUCCCGCGACUCCUACGGCCUCUACAACUGCAACAUCAUCAACGAGGCGGGCGCCGGCCGCUGCAGCUUCCUCGUCACAGGCAAAGCCUACGCCCCGGAGUUCUACUACGACACGUACAACCCGCUGUGGCAGAACCGGCCGCGGGUCUACUCCUACAGCCUGCAGUGGACGCAGAUGAACCCCAGCGCUGUGGAUCGCAUCCUGGCCUAUCGCCUGGGCAUCCGCCAGGCCGGGCAGCAGCGCUGGUGGGAGCAGGAGAUCACGGUGAACGGGAACAUCCAGAAGGGGGAACUGAUCACCUACAACCUGACGGAGCUCAUCAAGCCCGAGGCCUACGAGGUCCGCCUGACGCCCAUCACCCGCUUUGGGGAGGGGGACUCCACCAUCCGGGUCAUCAAAUACAGCGCUCCGGUGAAUCCACAUCUCCGAGAGUUCCACUGUGGCUUUGAGGACGGGAACAUUUGCCUUUUCACUCAAGAUGACACCGACAACUUUGACUGGACAAAACAAAGCACUGCCACGAGGGACACGAAAUACACCCCCAACACGGGGCCCAACGCCGACCGCACCGGCUCCAAGGAGGGUUUUUACAUGUACAUCGAGACGUCCCGGCCCCGGCUGGAGGGGGAGAAGGCUCGACUCGUCAGUCCCGUUUUCAGCGUCGCUCCCAAAAAUCCCUACGGAGCCACCAACACGGCCUACUGCUUCAGCUUCUACUAUCACAUGUAUGGACAGCACAUAGGAAGUUUGAACGUUUACCUGAGGCUCAAAGGCCAGACUGCCAUAGAAAACCCCUUGUGGUCCUCGAGUGGGAAUAAGGGACAGCACUGGAACCAAGCCCGGGUGAACAUCAACCCCCCCACCUCAUUCCAGCUCAUCUUUGAAGGGAUCCGUGGCCCUGGAAUCGAAGGGGACAUUGCUAUUGACGAUGUGUCCAUUGUGGAAGGAGAGUGCAUGAAAUCAGACCAACCGGCCAACAAUCUACGAUCAGGUGCUGUCGGGCCAUUAGCACAUAUACGACUUCUCCCACUCCUCAUCCUCAUGUCUGUCUUAAGUCAUCAGAGGUGACCUUAUCCUGGCAGAGGCUACAAAAGAUUCACCAGGCACUGGCAUGAAGAAAGAGUCUUUGUAAAAUGGACAUUUCCAAACAAACUACCAAAGAUUCCUCCACUGACUGACUCGAAAGUUAAAUAAAUACGUAAAUAAAUAAUUUAAAAAAAUUUUAAAAAAAGCAGAUUAAGAAAGCACUGGGGACUUGAAAAGGCAUCACGGGAGUGGAACUCACUAAGAACCAAGCUUGAGACCGAGAUCUGGCCCAAGUAAGGAAGAGACCUUCAGGUGCUUUUGUGGUCACUGAUGAAUUCAGCAUCAUCUGGUUGAACUCUCGGCAAAGAGCUCUAGAAACCCUUGUCAAAGCACAAAGUCAUGGCUGGUUUUGUUUCAAAUGAAUCGUUUGCUUGUUACCAUGGAAACCGAAUGGCCUGCCAAAAAAAAAAAAAAGAGGAAGGAGAGAGAGAGAGGAAAUACAAACACAGAGAGAGAGAGAAACACCUCACUGUAAACAGGGUACGUGAAGAGCUGGCGUUCAUUUUCCCUUCCCGAAGGUUUUCAGCGUAGAGUUAAACAAAUGUCGGCCCUUUCUACUUCGGCUGUCACCUCCCCUUGAGGACAACCCGGAAUCGGAGCUGUUUGCAGACAUUCCCGUUUCAUUCCUCACGGCUCUGCUUGGUGACUGUGUGCUGUCUCCUUUUGCAUGCAUUCCCACCCAGGCUGUGCCACCUGGGCUUACAUUUGUCACAGGCUUCCCUGGGAGUUUGCUCGCGGCCGCUGGAAGAUCCCUCUCCCCUCCCCACCGGAGUCAUCAGCUCUACGGAAGUGAAGAAACCAAACCACCGUCUUUUAUAAAUUGCCAUGGAAACCAAGUGCCUUCAAUGAAACAAGCCUGAUUUCAAAAAAAACAAAAAGACAAAAAAACCGAACAAAAUAUAUAUAUAUAUAUAUAUAUAUAAAUAUAUAUAUAUAAAAAAUAAAAAAAAAAGAUAAUAAAUGUAAUAACGAUGAUUUCAACGCGGAAGCUUUGCACCGCUGAAAACGUGGGCUGUGCAAAGUCUUUUCUAAACAAACUCUGGAGCCUGGGUGUGCAGGCAAGGAGACGGAGCCGCUUCUGGAGAAGGAUGGAUGGACCUAAGCUGCUGUGGAAAGCCUUUGGGAUGAGAUCCGUGCUGUGUGACCUUCCAGACAGCCUUGGCCUUUCAGCUUCUUAUCCAUUCGGAACAGCUCCCGGCGGUGCUGCCCACGGGAGCAGCACUUCUUGUUGUCGUUGUCGUCGUCGUUUCAGGUUCUCCAGUGGGUCAACCAGAGGAACAAAGGUGGUUCAGACACACACUUGGUGCAGAAGGUGGUGAAACACAGGAUGAUUUUCUUACUCUCCCCCUCCGUUGGGAUGGCUCCCGACAUCUGGAGCUCCGGACGCUCCGAGGGGGCUCUGCCUCUGCCCCGGAGCCAGACUUGGUGCAGAGGGCGAAAGAUUAUUUUGUUAUUGUAGCGAAAUUCAAAAAAACAAACAAACAAGAAAAAAAGUAUAAAAAAAAAAAAUUAAAAAUAAUCCACUUUUACAAGGAAAAAAAAAAUAAAUAAAAGCUGUACAAAAUGGGUUCGAGCUACCCGAACACGUGCCGGUUUUCCACUGCAUUGUAAAGUUCCCUUCCAGUUGGUUAUGAAAUUUGAAGACCUUUUUCCUUAAAUUAGCUCAGCUUUUAACUUCAUUUAAAAAAAAAAAAAGACUUUUGUCUAAAGAAGAGUAUUAUUAUUAUUAUAAUUAUAAUAAUUAUUAUUAUUAUUAUUCUGUGUUCUCUCGACACCCUAGGAUUAAAAGCAAAACCUGAUAUGCAAAUAAUUGGAGUACAAACGUGAAAACAAACAAAAGAUGAGUAUAAUAAUUGCAAAUAUGAGUAUAAAAAGCACAACGAGAUGCAGUAAAACAAUGACAAGGCUUGAUUUUUUUUAUUCUGUAGAGAAAUGUUUGUGCAAAUUCAGUAAUUCCACUGAAGAGAUAAUUUUCCAGCUCUGUUCAAUAAAGCCUCUUUCCAGGUAAGGCA